CGCCGCCGGGGCAGCCCCAAGAGCGCAAGCCGCCCGUGCGGCAGCCGCUGCGCCCUAGCUUGGGCGCCCCGGGAUCCCCGCCGGCGCCAUGGACCGAGGCCGGGUGUUGGAGCAGCUAAUCCCAGAGCUCACCGGGCUCCUCAGCCUCCUGGACCAUGAGUACCUCAGUGACAGCACCCUGGAGAAGAAGAUGGCCGUGGCCUCCAUCCUGCAGAGCCUGCAGCCCCUCCCAGCAAAGGAAGUCUCCUUCCUGUAUGUGAAUACUGCAGACCUGCACUCGGGACCCAGCUUUGUGGAAUCUCUCUUUGAAGAAUUUGACUGUGACCUGGGUGACCUUCGGGAUAUGUCGGAUGAUGGGGAGCAACCCAGCAAGGGAGCCAGCCCUGAGCCAACCAAGAGCCCGUGUCUGAGAAGUACAGCUGACGUACCUCCACCCCUGCCCAACAAGCCUCCACCCGAGGAUUACUAUGAAGAAGCCCUUCCCCUGGGGCCCGGCAAGUCCCCUGAGUACAUCAGCUCUCAGAAUGGCUGCAGCCCAGCCCAGUCGAUUGUGGACGGUUACUAUGAAGACGCAGACAGCAGCUACCCCAUGACGAGGGUGAACGGAGAGCUGAAGAACUCCUACAAUGACUCUGACGCCAUGAGUAGCUCCUAUGAGUCAUAUGAUGAGGAGGAUGAGGAAGAGAAGGGGCGGCGGCCCAGGCACCAGUGGCCCUCGGAGGAGGCCUCCAUGCACCUGGUUAGGGAUUGCAGGAUAUGUGCCUUCCUGCUCCGGAAAAAGCGCUUUGGGCAGUGGGCCAAGCAGCUGACAGUCAUCAAGGAGGAGCAGCUACUGUGUUACAAAAGCUCCAAGGACCGGCAGCCACAUCUGAGGCUGGCGCUGGAUGCCUGCACCGUCGUCUACGUGCCCAAGGACAGCCGGCACAAGCGACAUGAGCUACGCUUCUCCCAGGGGGCCACGGAGGUGUUAGUGCUGGCUCUGCAGAGCAGGGAGCAGGCUGAGGAGUGGCUGAAGGUUAUCCGAGAGGUCAGCCGGCUUGGUGCUGAGGGCUUGGAGGCCCCCAGAUCCCCGGUCUUUCUGUGUAAGCUGGACCAGGACAAGAGAUUGUCCCAAGAGAAACAGAAUUCGGACUCCGACAGCCUGGGCGUGAAUGACAGCAGCUCCACCCUCGGCCGCCGAGAAGCCUGUGAACAUGGCAAAGGGAAGAAGAAUAGCCUCGCUGAGCUAAAGGGCUCCAUGAGCAGGGCUGCGGGCCGAAAGAUCACGCGCAUCAUCAGUUUCUCCAAGAAGAAGGCGCUGGCCGAGGACCUGCAGACAUUUUCCAGUGAGAAUGAGGUUCCAUGCUGUGGCUACCUAAACGUGCUGGUAAACCAAGGCUGGAAGGAACGGUGGUGCCGUCUCAAGUGCAACACUCUCUAUUUCCACAAAGACCGCACAGACCUGCACACCCACGUGAACGCCAUUGCCCUCGGGGGCUGUGAGGUAGCCCCAGGCUUCGGACCCAGGCACCCGUUUGCCUUCAGGAUCCUGCGCAAUCGGCAGGAGGUGGCCAUCCUGGAGGCAAGCUGUUCAGAAGACAUGGGCCGCUGGCUUGGGCUGCUGCUGGUGGAAAUGGGCUCCAAAGUCACCCCAGAGGCCCUGCACUAUGACUACGUGGACGUGGAGACCCUAACCAGCAUUGUCAGUGCUGGGCGCAACUCCUUCCUGUAUGCACGAUCCUGCCAGGAUCAGUGGCCUGAGCCCCGUGUCUACGAUGAGGUUCCUUAUGAAAAGGUGCAGGAUGAGGAGCCCCAGCGUCCCACCGGGGCUCAGGUGAAGCGUCACGCCUCCUCCUGCAGUGAGAAGUCCCAUCGUGUGGACCCACAGGUCAAAGUCAAGCGCCACGCCUCCAGUGCCAAUCAAUACAAAUAUGGCAAGAACCGGGCUGAGGAGGAUGCCCGCAGGUACCUGGUAGAAAAAGAGAGGCUGGAGAAAGAGAAGGAGCUGAUUCGGACGGAACUCAUGGCUUUGCGACAGGAGAAGAAGGAGCUGAAGGAAGCCAUCCGUAACAACCCAGGAGCAAAGUUGAAGGCCUUGGAGGAGGCCGUGGCCACUCUAGAAGCACAGUGUCGUGCCAAGGAAGAGCAGAGGAUUGACCUGGAACUGAAGCUGGUGGCUGUGAAGGAGCGCUUGCAACAGUCCCUGGCAGGGGGCCCGGCCCUGGGCUUGUCUAUGAGCAGGAAGAACAAGAGCCAGGAAACUACAAAUAAACCGCAGAGCAAUUCCCCAGAGCAAUCUCUCCCUGUCAACUGUGUUUCUGAGCUGAGGAAGAGGAGUCCAUCCAUUGUGACCUCCAACCAAGGAAGGGUGUUACAGAAGGCCAAGGAAUGGGAGAUGAAGAAGACCUAGGAAGAGUGAGAAUUCCAUCCUGAAGGAGUAUCAGCUUGUCCACCUAAGGAGGAAAUGCUUUCUUCACAAAGACAUCAGGAAAAGACUGGAGCACCCUAAAGACCAUGAUUGUCUGCAUGAUUUUAAGGGCUGUGGGAAGGGAGACGUGGAAAGCAUCCUUCCGGCUUUACAAAGGGGAGAAGAGGGAGUGGUGGGAGAUGGAACCAUGCACAGCUGUAAAGGUUUUGUUGGGUCUCUUUGCCUUCGGAAGCAGUGAAAGCGCAUGUGAACAAGCCAUCCCAUCCUUUCUCAGCAUCCCAGUCACAGCCCUUAGGCAAAGGAAGACAGCAAAGAAGCACUGGUAAUAUCAUGACAAAAGAAGACACUCCAUCAACUGGAAACACUUAGGCAGCCCGCAACCCUGUUGGGCAUUACAACCUCCGGGCAAGGGGAACGGACUGGAAAAUCAAUAUAUCCCUGCCUGCGCCACAGUGAACAAAGGCUACUGUGAACAAACAAAUUCCACAGUCAUUCUUCAUCUGUUUUAGAGCCAGGCAAAGUACAGCCACUAGAACCUUCCAGGUUUGUGCAUUUUAAAAUCAGACUAGCUGAGUAUUCAGAGUUGAUCAGCUGGCCCAUUUUAAACUCACAGUGGCACAAGUCUGAAGUUUGAAUGCCCACACACUGUUGCGUGCAUUGUUGGAGGGUGGAGUCAUUUGCUGUCAGUCAAGUCCUUACCUAGUUAAUGUGACACUGAGGCUCCUGGGGCUGUGGUUGGAAGACUGUCUUCAGCCUAAUGAAGUCUUCAUCUUGUACAAGGAGACCCACAAGCCUGUCUCAGUAUCUGCUACGAAGUGAAACCAUUGAGGAAUACCAAGAGGAUGGUGGCUCAUUUCUGCCACAAGGGUGCUAAGCCUUUUCCAAACACUUGAUAUUUUUCUAGGACCUCAAGUCCUAGGCAACCUCUUUUCUAUGCCAUUCAUGACUGUCUCAACACUGGGCUUUUAGGUCGAUUUUUAACAUAUUCAUCUCCAAUAAAGAUGAAACUGUUCAACUCUGAGAGGUAGCUGGCACUUGGGGAGUAGGGGGAAGCUGUGUGUCUCAGAAUCACCAGCGGAUGGUUUGCUAGUCUUGGUCUGUUACCCACCUAAGACUUAACAUACUUCAGCCUCAUUGAAACCUUACCAGUCUUUGAAGCAGCUGGAGACUGGAGCAGGCAAGUCACCUGACUGGUAGGACUUUAGGAGUCAUGGUCCUGCAUCCAGACAGGGCUGGCUGCUGCUAACUGCAGGAUUGUCUCAGGAAAGUCAUUCAAGCCCUCUGGCUUUCAUUGUGAGAACAGGUUAAGUGAUUGUACUCUCCUCCCAAGACUCCUGGUGGGUAUUUAAUGAGAUAAAUCAUGAGAAGCAUCUUCUAUAUUGUUUAAAGUUGAAAAUGCCCAAGUCGGAAGUGGAUUUUAGAAUCAGUGAGAUGAAAAAGGUCUGACUCAAAAACCUUUGUUUUUUCUGCUAAGGAAAAAAAAAUGAUUUAAAUAGUAAUGGCUCUCAAAAGGCAUCCAAUCCAAAGGGAGGGUUUUCAUUCCAAAUUGCACCCAUGUCUUCAGUGACAAAGCCCACAUUUGCCAGUGCUCCUUGUUAAGAUGUAUCUUCUAAAUGGAGCCCACCGCUGUGUCGUAUCUGUCACAUUCUUUCUUGGGCAGUUAUUUUAGGGUUAAAUGCCUUUCCACAAGUGGAUCUUGGGCUCAAAGAAGAAAGGGCCCUACAUCAUUAAUCAUUAACACACAGGAGGACAUGCCACCUGUCAGGCACCAACAGCCUGUGUCACCUGAGGGCACACCCAGUGCUCGCCUUGACCUUCAGCUGCUGACUUCUUGAAAAUGUUUCUCUGUAAUAAUUUUUCUGCAUUUUACUUUUAUCUUUUAAAUAAUGUAGCCAGAAUCCAGCAAGAUGUUUCGGAGGGUGUAAGGGGGCUUGCUGCCAAGCCUGAG